GAGCGGGGCGGCAGCGGGAGGCUGCGGCCGCUGGGACCUGUGGCGGUCGGCGGGGCUGACGUGCAGCCGGCAGAGGCUCCUGCCCUCGGGAGUCUUUCAGAAUCUGAUCUUCCUCCCCCCCCAACCUUGUUUUUUGAUGAAAAAUGUCUUCUUUGAGAGGGAAAGCACAGACUGUCUUGGGCCUCGUGGAGCCAGACUGCCUCGGCUACACAUUGACUCAUGAACACUUGACUAUGGACUACAGCAGCAGUUUUUGUCCACCUCCUCCAGGCCAAGAGCCUCUGUCUGAUGGGCCCAUCCAGAUGAAGAACUUGUUUUGGAUUAAGCAAAAUCCCUACAGCCACAAAGAAAACCUUCUUUUGUAUCAGGAAACAGAUGCUGUGAAGGAGGAGCUGCUGCAGUUUAAAGCAGCAGGUGGUGGGACAAUUGUGGAAAACACAACCACGGGAAUUAGUCGGGAUGUGAAUACCUUGAAGAAACUUGCUGAAGAAACUGGAGUCCAUAUUAUUGCUGGGGCUGGCUUUUAUGUAGAUUCCACUCAUUCUUCUCAAACACAGGCCAUGACAGUAGAGCAGCUUACAGGUGUUAUUGUCGAUGAGAUACUCAAUGGAGCAGAUGGGACUAACAUCAAGUGUGGUGUGGUGGGAGAAAUAGGUUGCUCCUGGCCUUUGAGUGAGAGUGAGCACAGAGUGCUUGAGGCAGCAGCUCAGGCUCAGGCACAGCUCGGCUGCCCCGUUAUCAUCCACCCUGGCAGGAACAGCGAAGCACCUUUCCACAUCAUCCGCAUUCUGCAGGAAGCUGGAGCUGAUGCUUCCAAGACUGUCAUGUCUCACCUCGACAGGACUAUAUUUGAUACCCAGAAGCUUCUGGAAUUUGCUAAACUUGGGUGCUAUUUAGAGUAUGACCUGUUUGGUACCGAAUUCCUUCAUUACCACUUCCACCCUGACGUUGACAUGCCGAGUGACAACGAAAGAAUCAGAAGGAUUCAGAUGCUGAUCGAUGAAGGCUACGAAGACAGGAUUGUGAUCUCUCAUGAUGUGCACACUAAGAACAGGUUGAUGAAAUAUGGAGGUCAUGGAUAUUCACAUAUCCUUAAAAAUAUAGUUCCUAAAAUGCUAAUUAGAGGCAUAUCCCAAGAUAAAAUUGAUAAGAUGCUCCUAGCAAAUCCAAAGCGGUGGCUGACUUUUAAGUAAGGAAUAAAUCUUCCUGUUCUCUAGGGAAGCUUGAUAAAUUCAGGUUUGCUUCAGGAGAGCAAUCAUUUCGAAACUUGGUUUCAAACUGGAAGUUAUUAAUUAGACAUUAACAAAGCUUUUCUUUUGAGCUAGAAUGACAAAAUUACAUAUUCUCUCUGCAUUUACCCCCUUCUAACAAUGUGUCCGUGAAUGUGGAUAUGAACCCACCUGCAAAGCCUUCUCCAUUGAACAUUUGAUUUCCUAGAGAGUAAUCUAACACUAUUACUAAAUGUUCCCCCAAAAUACUUUUUGAAGAUGUUUCAUCUCGACUUUGAAAGAACUGACAGACUCCAAUCAAAUUCCCUUCUCUGGGGAGCAAUUUUAAUCCUUGUAGUAUUGACAAUCUUCUAAUUAUCCCUAAACUCUUUAAAUAAUGCUUGAUAAAAGGUCUGGGGCUUGUAAAGAGCUUCCAUAGGCAACAGAAGGAAAAAGGAAUCUCAAAUCAUUCUAAAAAGAUGUUGUUUCUUUCUAGUUUAACAACUACCUUGGUUUUAACUCAAAGUGUAAAAAGUACGUGGAAAAGCACAUUUAUGAAUAAAGCAAUUUGAUGAUCUCUUAAA